AUGUCGCGCGUGAGCAUACCGCGCUCCUACUCGGAAAUACCCUUCCAGAAUGUGAGGAUCCUCACCCACCCGCCCAACCAACCGACGGCGACAAAGGUGAUGAUCUUGGAGAUGAAUCGACCAGAGAAGAGUAAUGCUUUCACUGAAGGACUGGAGAAUGAUAUGGUCAAUGCCAUCAGGCUAUUUGAUCUUGACGACCGCGUCAAGGUCGUGGUCGUGAGCGGUGCAGGCAGGAUGUUUUGUGCUGGGGCAGAUCUCGACGUUGGCCUGCACAGGGCCGAGGGCGAGAGAAGCAAAGACCAUAGAGAUGGUGGUGGGCGUCUUACUGUGGCGAUUCACAGGUGCCGCAAGCCCGUGAUUGCAGCGAUCCACGGAUCUGCGGUUGGAGUCGGUAUGACCAUGACAUUACCCAUGGCAAUCCGUGUCGCAUCCGCAACGGCAAAAGUUGGAUUCGUUUUCGCACGUCGUGGCGUGGUGAUGGAGGCGUGUUCGAGCUUCUUUCUCCCCCGCCUGAUUGGCUUCUCGAAAGCGUUGUACCUCACAACUACCGGGACAAUUGUGACAGCAGAUUCACCAGCGGUUAGAGACCUCUUUGCCGAGGUUCUACCCACCCCAGCCGAAGUCCUCCCGCGGGCCCUCGAGAUUGCAACAGAAGUCGCGCAGAACACGUCGUCCGUCAGUACAUAUCUCAUGAAGGAGAUGAUGUGGCGCAACCCGGGUUCGGCAGAGGCGACCCAUUUGCUCGAUUCAGAGAUCAUGUAUCAGCUUUAUGACAAAAAAGACAAAGUCGAGGGGAUCGCCUCCUUCCUGGAGAAGAGGGCGCCAAAGUUUGAAGGGAGUGUUCUCCAUGACGUGCCAGAUUGUGUGCCUUGGUGGCCAAGGAUUGAUGUUGAGAAAUCGCAUAAGCCGACUUUGGAGAAGCUCUGA